CUUCAAAAAACUGAAAUCGUUUAUUAUAUUAUUUUGUGGUUCUACUUAACACAAACACAGUAAGAUUUAAUUGAAAAUAAAUAAACUAAAAUGGAUGCGUAUGGUAAUUCAAUACCAGGAACAUCAAAAGAAUUUGCAAAUAUAGAAACUACUGAAUUAAUUUCUACUUAUGACUUUGAUUGGUUGGAAAAAGAGUUCAAAGAUGAUGACACCAAUGAAGAUGUUAAAGUUCCUACAAGUAUAGUUCAAAGUUUGAAUAAAAAUGAUAAUUAUAAAUUAGGCCAAAUCAAAACAAAUCCAAAUAUUCAAGAUUUUUUUGAAGAAAUUAAUUGUAUAGAUUUUAGUCAAAAUAUUGUACAGAGUAAAUAUACUCUUGCAGAAUUAUUAGAACAGUGUAACAAAUUUAUUGAUAUUUUAGGCCGUAAUAUAGUUUGUUUAGAAGAAAUGACAAAUGAAAUUAAUAGAAAUAUUGAAGUUUCAAAAAGAAAUGCAACCAAGGCUUUUAAUUGUACUAAGUUUGAAAAAAAGGCCAUGUCUAAGAUUACAAUGAAACAGUUAAAAAUAAAAGCACAUUUGGCGAAUUUUUUUAAAAUUGGUUUAUCAAACUGCCCACGGAAUCCUCAUUUAAGUGAGUUAUAUGAAAGUGGUAGAUUAAUAUUGUCUUGCAAUGGUCGUUUUAUACUUGAAGAAUGUGUUGAAAGAAAUCAAUGGAAUCAAGAGUUUAAAAAUAAAUUAGAAAAAGCAAUUCAUGCUGAAAUAUUAAAUAAAAUAAAAAUUCCUAUGCUAGAACAGCAUUUACGUCUUGGUGUAGAUAGAGAUAAACAAAGUGAUCUAAAUAUAAAACAUAAAAUUGAAAUUGAAAUGAAAGAUCUAGAAAAAGAAAUGGAUAUUAUAACAAAAACCCCAUUUAAGCAGUUAGUCUUUCAGUUUAUGGACUCAGACUCRAAGUAUGAUUGGUUACACAUUGCAAAAGUAGUUGAUAAACCUGAUUUACAAUGUCAAAGGUUUUGGAAUUUAAUUUUAAAACCUCAUAUAUCAAGAGCUAAAUGGACUAAAAAUGAAGAUGAUCUUUUACUUAGAAUUGUUGCAAAAAAUGAUGAAAGAAAUUGGCAAAAAAUAACUGAUGAAAUGGAUACUAACCGGAAUGAGUUACAAUGUUUUGUUCAUUAUCAAAAAUAUAAGAAAAUGAUUCACAAAAAAGGUAAAUGGUCAAAACAAGAAGAUCAGAAGCUUAUAGAGGUAAUUAAAGAAAAUUCCAUAGAUACUAUAAUCAAUUGGCAAAGAGUGUAUUUUGCUAUGCAAGACUAUGGAAGAUCUGUUGAUCAAAUUUAUGCAAGAUGGAUGCAUAGUUUAAAACCAGGCAUUAAGAAAGGAUUUUUAAGUGAUGGAGAAAAAUAUAUUAUUAAAAAUUCUAAAAUCAAAAAUAUACCCCCAUCUAUAGUAUCAAUGAAUCUGACUAAUCGUACACCUGCACAAGUUCGUAAUGCUUAUCGUAGAAUUGUGCUAUAUGAUGAAGAUAUUUAUAGGGGUGGUUGGACAGUUGACGAAGAUAAAAUGUUACUAAAUGCUGUUAAUUCACAUACACCUAAUGAAUUUACUUGGAAACAAGUAUCUCAACARGUACCCGGACGUAAUGCAGAACAAUGCCGCCAUAGGUUCAAUUUAAUUGAUAAAAAAUUAAGACAUAAUCCAAAAUUGACCAUUGACAACAUUCCACGCCCAUCACGACCUUUCAAACCUAAACAAAUACAGUUUUUUCCAGAAGAUGAUUUAAAUGAAAGAGGUUUACAUGAAAAAUUUAAACACAAUCGCCAAUUGCUUAAAACAUCUAAUGUACCGAUAGAAACAGAUGCUGAUCGUAAGUUGAAGAAAUCAUAUUUGGAAAAUAAGUUUGUUAUUGCGAAUUGUAAUUUGUCAAGUAAAUGUGAUCUCUACAGACAUGUACUWGAUUACUUAGGAGCUAAGUUGGUUGUACCUGAAACUUUUGCUCAUAUGGAUGAUUUGAUUGAUAAUGGACUUAUGAGUAUGAUGACUUAUAUAUCAGAGUGUUCCAUUGARCUAAUUACAUUAGAUUCAAGUAAUGAACAUAAUUUGUGCGACCCAUUAUUGACCUAUGAAGGAGUUCACAAUGUUUUAAGAACAAGUGAUAUUACUAAUUCCGAUAUAAGUGAAAUAGAAGGCUUGGUAGAUAUAAGAAUAAGAAAUAUUCAAAAGAAACAACCAAAUGAAGGUAUCAAUACUGAGAAUUCUAUGAAAAAUAAAAAAGAUCCACUAUUACCAUUAAACUUCAUUGGUUCUGUACCACCAAAUCAUGAGACAUUUAAAAUGUUGUAUACAUAUACAAAUGCUCUAAAUUCAAGUAUGAAAAUUGAUUACUUUAAAGAUUCCAAUAUGCAUUUUGAUUGGGAUGAUGAAGAAUCUAAGAAAUUACAUAAACGUCUUGUGGCUAUUUUAAGAUUGCCAGCAUUAUUUUCUAGUUUGAUACCGUAUAAUACAGCAAAUAUAAAUAUGAUUGUAAAUACUGAAGAGGUUAAUGAUGUUAAUAUGGUACAGCUUUCAAAUUAUUCUAAAAUUCAUUAUUCUCAUACUAAAAAUAAAAAAUCCAAUUUUUCUUUAAAAAAUGUUUUAUAAGAGUUAUGUUCUUUGAUUUCAUUAGAUUUAAUACAAUAUUAGUGAUUACAAGUAUAUGGCUAAAUUUCUAUGAUAUGACUUAUAAAA